AUGGGAAAAAAGACCAUUGUCGUUGGAUCUUGUAACUCGGCAAACGAUAUUGCCCAGGAUUUUGUCGAGAGGGGGUACGAUGUGACUAUGGUACAGCGAAGCUCCACCUGUGUGGUUUCGUCUGACUCUACCUUGAAUAUUGCCUUCAAAGGGCUCUAUGAUGCGACCGGUCCUCCAACCGAAGAUGCCGAUCUUUAUCCGUGGAGCAUUCCAUCGCGCCUGUUCAAAGCCCAACAGGCCAAAGUCACCCAAGUCACGAAUCAGAACGACGCAAAGACCAUUGAAGGGCUGGACAAGGCAGGCUUCAAGGUCGAUAGCGGACCAUCCGACAGCGGCAUUUUGAUGAAAUACUUCCAGCGUGGAGGUGGGUAUUACAUUGACGUCGGUGGAAGCCAGCUCACUAUUGAUGGGAAGGUCAAGAUAAAGCAUGGCCAGGAAACCAGCCAGGUUCUUCCUCAUGGACUCCGGUUUGCGGAUGGUUCAGAGCUUGAAGCCGAUGAGAUCGUGUUUGCCACUGGGUAUCAGAAUAUGAGAACCGAGACUCGCGUGAUCUUUGGUGACAAGGUCGCUGACAGGGUUGGUGACAUCUGGGGACUUGAUAAAGAGGGUGAGAUGCGGACAAUCUGGCGGCGGAGUGGUCACCCUGGAUUCUGGUUUAUGGGUGGAAACCUUGCUAUGAGCAGAUACUAUUCGCGUUUGCUGGCAUUGCAGAUUAAAGCGCUGGAAGAGGGGGUGACAUCUUGGUAG